ACUAGUUGUUCCAUACCACCUCAGCGUGGUAGUUUUAUUGUUAAAAAUUGUUAAAAUUCAACGUAUUUUAAACAAAAUGCUAGACAUCAGUAACGUGCCUUCGUUCACGGAGUUGAGUGAAUUUGCUAGUACCAGUGCUGGCGGUAAGGUAAUAUUCGCCAGUGAUGACUUCUUCGCAACAUGUGAAAACAUGAUAGCAGACUCGGAGCCGAUUUUCAUCGCCGAGAAAUACACGGAAUUCGGAAAAUGGAUGGACGGCUGGGAAACGCGACGCAAGAGGAUACCCGGCCACGAUUGGUGCAUACUGAAGUUAGCUACGAAGUGUGUUGUUAGAGGACUACUAGUAGAUACAGCGUUCUUCACUGGAAACUAUGCACCUAAAUACUCCAUCCAGGCAGCCUGUUUGACUCCUGAAGAGGAGGCGUUAUUACCGGAAAGGGACACACAAAUGGGGUCGGCGUGCACCGAAUGUGACUUGGAGCGGCUGAAACAGCUUAGAUCUGACAAAUGGGAGGAAAUUGUCCCCGUAACGGCGCUCCGGCCAGGCUACGAUGACACCAGGAUGAACUACCAGAAGGUUGUGUCUGAUGAAGCAUUCACUCAUAUAAGAGUGAAUAUAUACCCCGAUGGCGGCAUAGCAAGACUGCGAGUAUUCGGUGAGGCGAAGCCUGAGGCGCCGCCCUGUGAUCAGUUAGUGGAUCUGGCGUCUUUACUCACUGGAGCUACUUGUGUAGGACAUUCUAACGCACACUACGGUCAUCCGAAGAAUGUAAUAAAGCCUAGAAAAGGGGAGACCAUGGCAGAUGGAUGGGAGACAGCUAGACAACUUGACAGACCAGAAAUUCUUGAAUCCAGUGAUGACGGUACAUUGAAAACUACAGGAGAAGAGUGGGCAGUCUACAAAUUGGGUUUCAAUGGAAGAAUCCAGAAGAUUUGCGUUGAUACAGAACACUUUAAAGGCAACUAUCCUGAUUCCAUAAAAAUAGAGGGAACAUUAUUAGAUCAAGAGGAAUGGACGCAUUCAAAACCUAUCACCUGGUACAACAUUUUAAAGCCAAGCAAGCUAUCAGCCCACAACGAACAUUGGUUUACUUGCAACUCUGACGUCAUCUCACACAUCAAGGUCACCAUAGCACCAGACGGCGGAUUCAGCAGACUUCGGGCGUUCGGUCACAUUGAGCCUACUAUAAUUUGAUACACAUUGAUUUAACUUAAUUUUAAACCUUAUUGCUAACACAUACGAUCGAAGAUCGAACGUUUUUUUAAAGGUUAUGGUUUUCACAGUUCUGACUUUAAGACAUUUCUUGCUUGAGCACUUUUCUCUCUCUAUACUGAUAUUUUUAAAGGGGUAAAGUUUGUAAGGUUGUAAGGGAUCCUGGAUCUACUAAACUGAUAGAAAUAAUCUAUUUGAUUGUCCUUUAAUAAAAUUGUUGGAACAUAUUUAUAUCACCACUAUCAGUCACCACUGUGUUCUUGUGUGAAGAAAUCAUACGAUUCUUUGUUUCUCUGAAUAUUUAUCAUAAAUUGUAAAUACUUGGAUUUUAUAUAUAUUGUCGUAGUACCUACAAAAUAGAAUGGUUGCAUGUUGUUGUUAUGUUUAGGACCUGUUUCAUAAUCUUCUGAUUAGUGUCACAUAGCGUAUAUCACAAAGGAGACCGACCAUUUCAGGCCCAGCCCUAUAAAUAAAAAAAAAUGCGAUAAAUAUUUUCUAAUAAAUGAAAAUCAUCAAAAAUAAUUAGAAUUCACUGCUUUUAACAUUUUUUUAAAAUGUGUGCUCUUUGUUGAAGUAGUGCAUUUUAUUGAUUAUGCAACUUUCAAUCAAACACAAAAUAAACAAGUCUAAAACUAACACUUACUUGGACAUAGUAAAUCCAUUAAAAAAAACAUACAUACAGCCGAACGUAGAACCUCCUCCUUUUUGGAAGUUGAUUAAAAAAGAUUCCGAGGAAGAUUCAGUUUAAAAAUGGUCGGUCUCCUUUUAUCUUUGUCAUAUUUUGACUUAAUAAGUAAUAAAGUACUUACGUUCUACGACUAUCUGACACUCAUCAGAAAGCAGUGGUAGGUGUCCACAUAUCCGCACCGGACGCAUCAUACAGAUUUUAAAUUUUACGGUAGAUACGUGCGAUCCGUAAGAUCCGAUAUGUGGACGCCUUCCAUAAACCGGCCCUAAGUAUCGAAAGUCCAUGAAACUUGUUAUGGCUUAGUGAUAUUAUCAAUAAAAUAUCUUUGUAAUAUUUAUUACAAUUCUAAGAUUUGAAAAGUAUUAUUUUAUACAGCGUACAAAAUAGUGUUGUGUUGUGUUGUGUUGUUAAUAUAUUUUUUUAUUUUAAGACAUUUAAUAAAUUGGUUAAUUCCAUUA